UCCAGGAAUCCCAGGUCCACAACAAAUGUAGUUUUGUUCGGAAAAAGUUAAUAAUUUAUGUCCCAUUAGCUCCUUCUUGUUAGCGCGUUUACUCAUAAUGUACAAAGCGCGCGGGACUUGUCCUCACGAAUGUGCAAAAAAAAUGUAUUUACGUUCGUUCAAACAUGUCAAACGUUGUAUAACAUAAAUCUUUAGGGCCUUUUUCAAUCAGAACUUCAAUAAUAUUCAAGGCGGACGAUUGCAUUGUCUUACUAAAUGUAUCGGAACGAAAGAGUACCCACGGGCACGCGCAUCAUAGUAGUAAUGGCCCUCCCUCUAUGACAAACUUUCCAGGCCUCUCGUUUGGUCAGUUUUUACCGGAGAAGACUCAAACCACUUUGUAAAGACUGUUGACAUCUAGUGGAAGCCUUAGGAAGUGCUAAAUGAAUCCUAACUCACGGUGUGUUUCAUAGGCAAAGUGUUGAAAGUGAUUCCACAAAUCAGAUUUCCACUUCCUGUUAGGAUUUGUCUCAGGGUUUUGACUGCCAUAUGAGUUCUGUUAUACUCACAGACACCAUUCAAACAGUUUUAGAAACUUCAGAGUGUUUUCUAUCCAAAUCUACUAAUUAUAUGCAUAUUCUCGUUUCUGGGUAAGAGUAGUAACCAGUUUAAAUCGGGUACUUUUUUAUACGGCCGUGAAAAUACUGCCACCUAUCCCCAACAAGUUAAGAUCAUGAUGCUGUAUGGCUACACAAGGAUGCCAUCGUCACAAACAGAGAGGUCUGAAUGAGUAGCCAACACAUCCUGUUGUGUUUCCCACAGAAGGUGUCUAUGACAGAGCUUAUAAUAUUUAGUUUUCUUAAAGAUGAAAAUCUGUUCUUGUUUUAUUCAAAUUUUUGUUGUUGCUUUUUGUUGUGCCUUCUGUUAGGCUAGCCUGUUUUACUUUGGCUAGCCUGUUUUACUUUGGCUAGCCUGUUUUACUUUCUGCAGUCCUCUUGAAACUCUCUUUGAACAUACAAAACUUUGAUACCUUUUUUUUUGUGGCUGACUCUGUAUAAUGUGUUCAAUUUGAUCACAUGAGAAUUCUCCAAGUUUUUGUAAGUUUUCUCAAAUGUAUAAUGAGUUACAUAGAUUCUUAUAUUUAAUUUACAAAAAAUGUUUUGCUUAAAUGCUAAAUAAUUUUUGCAUCAGGUUUGUUAAUAAUAUUAUUUUGCACUAUUGCUGCUGUUGAUCUUUGUAUAAUGGCUGCAUAUUGCAUUGUACAUUUACUGUAACUUACCAAAGUAAAGAAAACAUGUUCUAAUGCAGUAUUAGUUUUGGGACUGAAGGUUUGUUAAGUAGUCCAUGGGCCAGUGAAAAAUCUAGUCCACUUUGGGGUAGUAAAGGUUUCAUAGUCUCUUCUUAUUCCCCCCAUUCCUAUGAACAAAUAGAUAUGAUACCCACUCCAAAAGAGUAGCUUUCUAUGCUUUUCACACCUUUAUAUGUCUUGUUGUAUGGGAGUCUAUGCAAUAGAUUGCUUGCAGGCUGAUAAAUACAUUUUAAGGCAAGUUGGAAUGUUCACAUGCUCAUUGAAAUGACUAUCAAACAACAAUGGAACAUUCUAUUGGGUGGAUCUUAUUGUAAAACAUGGUAUUUGGUACAUUCUAUUGGGUGGAUCUCAUUGUAAAAACAUGGUAUUUGGCACAUUUUUGCCAUCUCUUCAAAGUGAUUUACCUAGACUGACUCAUCGUUGAAACAACACUGUUACAAAUAGCGGAACUAGAUAUUUCUAUACUUCCCAUUCUGUCUUGAUAUACCCCAAAAUGCAUACAUUUAUGACCUUUGACCCCGAAAGAUGUCAUUACCAUUCCAGUUGUUUCAUACCUUAAUAUUUUGUAUUAUGAAGUUAAUAACAUAUACAAUUCCCUUCGUUUGAGAAGAUUGUUCCCAGAUAAUACAACAUUAUUUCAUACCGUCAAUCCUGUGGGCCCAACUAACCGCAUGGGGGUCAAAACAUAAAAUGCACACAUACCUCAGAAUCAUGGGUAUCAUACCAACAUGUAACCCACUGACAUGGACCUAAAUGAAAAUCAUCAUUAGACUUUGCCACCCCAAAGUAGACAAAUAUGUGAAAUUUGGCCUGCUGGCCCAUGGACUAUUUACUUAAUCUCAAAUGCAAGCUUUUGUAUAUUUCAUUUUCAAGAGAAGGAUUGUGUAAACGUGUGUUUUUGGAGCAGGAUGUGUUAAGUAAAUAAAUGUUUUACUGCUACAUACUAAAUUAUUAUUUAAAGUUAUUGUAUCUAGAAAAAUACAUAAUUAAAGUGAGCUGAAGUCAAGUCAGUGCUGCUUUGUUGCUCGGUUUGCUCUAAAUUUGUGUUCGGUGUCGAGCUUCGACCUGACAGGAAAGUCAGUGUACAUGUUGCUAGGCAACGAUAGGCUCUCUGAACGACGGUGUUUUCACGCGAAAUCCGCUCAUUGAAGGACAAAACUACCUAAAAGUGCGUCAGUUUGCAUCUAAUGCUGGCUAGCUACUUCUAAAGUCAACUAUUAGUUUGUGAUUAGUGCACGCUGAAAAUGCCGUUCAGCGCCGAGGCCAUUAAGCCGCCCCUUCAUGACCAAAUAACAGAACUGCAGAGGAAAAUUCAACUUCUUGAGGGCGACAGAAGUGCAUACUAUGAAAUGUCUCAGUCAAGCAUCAAGAAAAACAGGAAUUCUAUCCUUCAGCUGAGGCAAGAGAACAAGAGACUACACAAGAAGUUGGCAAAUGCUCUUGCUGGGGACGAGCAGGUGAUAAAGGAGGCCUUCCAAAGCAGAGGCAUGGAGAAAGCUGCCUUCAGAAACAUGUCAGGGAAGGCUGCUCUCAAGGUGCUGGACCAGAAGGUGUGUGACAAGAUGAAGAAGCUGAAUGCUCUAAAGCACACCACCCAGACGUACCGCCGUCGCCUGGAGGACCUACAGACACUGUACCAGAGUAUGAAGCUAGAGAACAGGGGACCAGAGAGAGACACGGAGAGACGCAACGAGGAGGCCAAGAGUGAAGGACAGGCGGCUGAGGAGCAUCCCCAAAAGAGCUUGCGGGUGCUGGAGAAUCGUCUGGAGAAAGCUCAGCUGAAGUGCCAGGAGGCUGAACACAUCAUGAGGGGCUAUCUGAAACUAAAGGCCCACCUACAGGAGGAGAGCCUGACCUUCCAGUCCCAGCUGGAUAAACUAGAGGCUGAGAUCCUGAGACAGAGACAGGAGCUGAAGGACCUGCAGGUCAUGAACAGUGACGCACUGCUCUCCAAAGACACUGCCAAGGCAGAGCUGCAGCGUCAAGAAGAACAGAUGUAUAGGGAGAGGAAGGACAGAGAGUGUAUCCUCACCCGUUACAAGAAAGAGGCAGAGGACCGUAAGACCCAGGCUGAGAGAGUGGAGAGAAGGGCCCAGCGGACAGCCAUGCAGCCUGACGAGCUGAGUAGCGACGCCCAGCGCAGUGCCACCGGGCUGGGGGAGGAGGAGAGGGCCAUCUCCACCUUCGAGGAGGCCUUCAGACGCAUCAAGGAGGCCACGGGGGUCACUGACACACGGGAGGUGGUGGAGAGGUUCAUCUCUCAGGGAGACACCCAGCAGCACCUGGAGGAUCUGAAGAAGGAGAACCAGAGAACCCUGCUACAGCUGAAGGAGGACAGGGACCGUCUGCAGGAACACUUCCAGGACAUCAAGUACUCCGGGGAGACCAAGCUCUCCAGUGGUCAGCAGAUGCUGGAGGACUGUAAGCGCCACCUGCAGGCGGAGCAGGGGAGGCGUGACGCCGCCAAGGAGCGUCUGGACUGGCUGAGCCGUACCCUGAACACGGUCCGGGCCGGGGUGGAACACCUAUCUGACAAACUGCAGCACAUCAAGCUGGGUGAGGGCCCGGAGCCCCAGCUGCCCCCCGGCUCAGAGGAGUAUGUGGUGGAGCUGCUGUCCCAGUCAGAGCAGAAGCUGCUGUUACUGCAGGAGGAGCUCCAGGGGAAGGACCUGGCCGCCGUCAUGAAGGAGAUGGAGGAAGAGGAGUUCCAUGCCAGCAUCGAGGGGAAGCUGCCCCAUUGCAACACCCGCAUCAAGCUGCCUGAGGCUCAGAGACAGGACCCAUAUGAUGAAGAGGAGGAGAGCGGGGACGAUGAGGGUGACAUUAUCACCAGGGCGAUACUGAAGCACCAGUCUCAGCUCAUCAUCGACUCCAAGACUAAGAGGAAGACCAGGACCAAGAAGAAAAAGGGCAAGCUCUGAUCCUAGAUCAGUUAGGCUGGCUAGAGGUCACAAGAGCCAUAGAAAUAUAAUUGCUAGAAUGGGGAUGUCAGCUCUAGUAAUUAUAUUUCUAUGACGAGAGCAGCCAUGAGUUUGUGUUUAGUGUGAGGUCAUAGGUCAUAUUUGUGCCCUGGAUUGAGUGAAAAUACCUUUGCUUGAGAUGGCAUCGCAGACUUUAGGGAAAUCUUACUCCUCUCAUAUAAUUAUUCAGUUAGCUAAAUAAUUGUAUUCCUUAUUAACUAAUGGAAUGCACAGUAAAUUUAUAUUUGGGAUGAAAGUAGCCGUAAGUAGUACUGUAGCUAUGGGAACGUUGUGUUGUGGUGGCAGAUCAUAUAGUACCUUGCAGUCACCGCAUUAGCUACUUUUUAUCACAAGCAGUUCAACACAAAAUAAUUGAUUUCCCACUUGCACCACUGAUUUGUAGAUUAUAAAAUUGUAAUUAAAAUAGGAAUGAAAAUCAAUAAAAUGCUUGAUUUGAAGAAUUACUCAAUCUUUGGAUAGGUAGGAUUGCUCUAAUGCAGGGUUGUCAAACAUACGGCCCGUGGGACGUUUUUUUGUAUAAUAUAUAUAUUUUUUAAUCGGCAUUGAAAUGACUUAAAAAUUGAAACUGUAGAAAUCAGGGCUUGACAUUAACCUUUUUAGCCACUUGUCCGUCGGACAAGUAGGACAGAUUUUUUACUUGUUUACUGAAGUCACUUGUCCCCCCCAAAAAGGUAUGUAACACAGGCCAAAAGGCUGACUGAAAAUGAGUGAAGUACACAUAUCUGUGGGAAUUAGGGGUGCUGAGGGUGCAGCAGCACCCCCUGAUAAAUCACAAUUGGUGAUUAAAUUGGUGCACUAGGCCUUGAUUACUGCUGUAUGAUUACUGCUGUAUGAUUACUCCUGUAUGAUUACUGCUGUAUGAUUACUGCUGUAUGAUUACUGCUGUAUGAUUACUCCUGUAUGAUUACUCCUGUAUGAUUACUGCUGUGUGAUUACUGCUGUAUGAUUACUGCUGUAUGAUUACUGCUGUAUGAUUACUGCUGUAUGAUUACUCCUGUAUGAUUACUGCUGUAUGAUUACUGCUGUAUGAUUACUGCUGUAUGAUUACUCCUGUAUGAUUACUCCUGUAUGAUUACUGCUGUGUGAUUACUGCUGUAUGAUUACUCCUGUAUGAUUACUGCUGUAUGAUUACUGCUGUAUGAUUACUGCUGUAUGAUUACUGCUGUAUGACCCUGUAUGUGCGGAAGUGUGCAGAUGGAGCAGUGACACAGUCUACGAUGGCUGGCUGUGCGUCUUGUGAUGGGUUGUAAAUCAUCAUGGACUGCAGAACAACUCUGCUCUCCUCACAACUGGAUAACUAUACACUGAUUCACAUCUAGGCUACUUACUAUAUGCCAGUAUGUGUUGUAGGUAGGUUUCACAUUGCUAGAAUAACAUGGAAAUAGGUCUAGGCCAACUAAGCAUCAUUUCUUUCAUCAGCUUUCCUCAGCUGAAGCCUAAGUUUUCUUUUGACUACUCAUUAUAUUUGUCCAUCUUGGUAUUGCUCAAUUUCAGUUCUUGUGGCCUAAAAUAUAUGUAAUUCAAAAUAAAUCUGGCAAUGAGAAUA